AUGACUGGAGUGACAGUGAAGCUGGGUGCCACAUCUCUCAUGUACGCCUGCCAGCAAGGAAAGGAGAGCCAAGUCAACGAAAUCAUCCAGACAAAGCCUGAUACUAUCCUGGAGAGGGAGCGAAGCUUGAAGACAGCACUUCACUAUUGCGCGGAGAGUGGCGAUGGAGGGGUGGAGAGUGCGGCCGCCUUGCUGAGGGCCGCCCCCGAGCUGGUCUUCGCUCAGGACCAGGAUGGCUACACCGCCCUCCACUUGGCUGUCAUCGCCGGCAACGUCCAGCUCGCCAAGCUCCUCAUAUCCCAGGGAGCCGACGUCAACACAGCCGACAAGGAGGGUCACACGUCUGCGCAUUGGGCCACGGUUUGUGGAGAAAUAGAGUGUUUGGAGCUGAUCCUUAAGAAGAAGGCGGACCCAAACAUCGGGGACAUGCACGGAGGAUGCCCCCUUCACUACGCGGCUCAGAUGUGCGGACCUGGGAGCGAGAUGCCCGGAGACCGCCGCUUAGGAAUGACAGCUCUCCGAUUGCUCAUUAAUCACUUCGCAGAUCCGAACAUUGCAGACCACCAUGGGCGCACACCUAUCCUUUGGGCAGCCAGCGCGGGAAGUUCUGAAGCAAUACUAGUACUGACAAAUGCAGGAGCUAAUGUUGAAGCAGCUGACAAAGAUGGAUUAACAGCAUUACAUUGUGCUGCAUCUCGGGGACAUACAGAUUGUGUGGAGACCCUCAUUUCACUUUGCAAUGCUGAGGCUGAUGUUAUUGAUAACAAUGGUUGCUCGGCUCUAUUCUAUGCAGUAACAUUGGGACAUGCUGACUGCACGCAAACAUUAUUAAACCAUGGAGCAAAUACAAAUCGACAGGAUAGGAAAGGCAGGACUGCCAUGCAUUGUGGAGCUGCCAAAGGGCAAAUGGAAACACUUAAAGUUGUAUGGAGCCGAGGAGGUAAUCUUUGGACCAGAACUGCCAGAGGAGAUUAUCCAUUGCAUGAAGCGGUCACAUCUAGUAGAACUGAUCUUGUGCUUUGGUUGCUUUCACUUCGCCCUGAUGCAAUAACUGCACCAAAUAAUGAUGGAAGGUGUCCACUUCAUCUUGCUGCUAUUCAUAAUAAUGUAGAAAUGUGUAAGGUGUUACUAGAUGCAGGUUCUUUGGUAAAUCCCGUUAUGAGAACAGCUAAAGGAAUGCUUGCAACACCCUUAGAUGCAGCAUUGCAUAAGGGACAUAGAGGCACAGCGAAAUAUUUACAGGUGCAUGGUGGAGUUCCAGCUGCUCGGUUAAAUAGCGAAUCAGCUGCUCUUCGUGGUCCUAACACAAGAAAUUUAGGAGCUCAAAGUCAAAAGCCAUUGGACAAUGAAAAAGAAAGAGGUGUAGGUGAGCAACUAACAAGCAAAAAGGCUUUACAUCCUCCUCUUCAAGAUAAUGUUCAAAUAUCAGGUCAAAAGAAAAUCUUGCAGGUAUAUGUUGAAGAUGGUGUCAUGAUAAGAAGGAUCAAACAUCCUCAAGGUGGUGAAGGGGAAGAAAGGAUAAAAAGGCGAAGAAGGAAAAGGAAAACAAAGUACUUAGUUGAUAAAAACUACCUUCGCAAUAAAGAAAAACAUGGAAGGAAAGGUUACGAAGAAAGUACAGAUGGAGAUGGUUACACAAGUCAAGAUUCUUCUAUUGGAGAAGGUAGGGCCAGAGCUGAAUCAGAUUCUGAUCCAAACUACACAAAACCUCUGGAAAUGAAGGAUGGUUCACACACUCUAAACAAAAAUAUUAAUCAUACAUCAUUACCAAAGGAAGGUACUCCUAGUGAAGAUAUAGCUAAAAAUAAAGAUUUUGUUGAAAUCAAUGAUAUUGAUGAUUCUACAAAGGAAAAUCAACAUAGAAGUGAAGUGGAAAUAGAAAGAGAAUCGCAAAUAAAUCUAAAACCGCUUGACAGUUCAGUUGAUCUUGAUAGUUUACCAAUCAAGGAAAUUGUAGAAGCAGAAAUUCAUGCUCAGAAGAUUGAGAUAGAAAGAAAUGAAAUUGGUGAAAUACAAUCAGAAAAUAAGGAUCCAAAUUCACUUGCGAAUAGGGAUAAUUCAGAAGCAUUAAAUGAAAACUUAAUUAAUUCAGAGAACACUCAAAAAGAAAAAACUUUUUCACCUAUGGAAAAUGACUAUACAGCUAAUGGUAGCCCAAAAAAAAUUGAAGGUGAUGGGAUCAAUACAAUUCCAGAGAUGAGUUAUGAAAAAACUACUGAAAAUGAUGAUCAUGGAGUUUUUGAAUCAUUAUACCAAAGUUCCAAUCUUGAAAUUGAGAAAUCUGAUCAAAAUAUAGAAUUUAAAGAAAACAAUAAUUUAAAAGCUGAAGAACUUUUAACUCAGAAGGAUGGUAAUGAAAAUGACUAUCAAUUAAUUAAAACGGAAAAUGAUGAAUUAAGGGAAGAAGCAGUAUCACUACAAGAAAAUCAAAGUAUUAAAGCUGAAAAUGAAGAAGAUAAAAAAGAAAAAAAUAAUAUAUCAUAUGAAGAAAACAAAAUUAGUGAAAUAGUUGAUGGAUCAGUUAAUGAAACUGAUAUGAAAAAUCAAACAGACGAUAUAGAAGAUUUCAUACAAGAAAAUCAAGAAACAGUGAUGGAAAAUUCAAAAGCGGACGUCAUAUCUGAACAAAAUGAAGGAAUAGAAGAAAAAGGAGUGACAUCUAGAGAAUCGGGGGAUGAGAACCAUGAACAGGUUGGGCGGGAUGAAAUUGAAAGAGUGAAUGACCUUCCAGAUGAAAAUAUGGAGCAAGAUGAUGGAAGUAAAACUGACAAAUCAUUAAAUAUUAGCAAUGAAAAAGAAGAAAAUUCUAAUUUUGAGAAACAACAACUGUCAGAAGAAGCUUAUCUAGAAACAAUAGAAGGAAAUGUUAGCACAGACUCUCAAAAUUUUAAAAGUAAAGAUGGAAAUCAAACUAAAGAGGGUAUUCAAUCAGAACAGAUUGAGGAAAAUAUUGAUAUAGAAGACGAAGAUACAGGUGAAAAAGGUUAUGAUGAUGAAACUAUAGUUGACGAUUCAACUGAAAAAAUAUUUGAUGAAGAAACAGAGGAUUCUAAUGAAGUUAAAACAAAUCAAGAUGACACCCUCACUGGGAAUGAAUUAGAAACACAUGAGAGCAGCAUAUUAAAUGAAGAACAUAAAAGUGAUAAAGAAUCAUCAUCAAAUGACACUGGAAGUAAAAGUUCAGUCGAAAAUUCAAUGGUAAAAGAGGUUGUUCCAAAAGAAAGUAACGAAGAAGCCAGCUAUAAAAGUGAUUUUGUUUCUGAAAAGUUUAUUGAAAAUAAAAAUAACAGAAGAUCCCAAAAACACCAUGUCUCAAAAUCAAAAAGAAUAGAUAAUGUUAAAAAAGAUCGUGGCUUAAUAAAAGUUUUAAGUGAUGAAAAACUCCCUGCAUCUGCUAAAAAAGAAGAAAAAAUAAAAUCUAAACAUAAAGAAUGGAAGAAACAAAGAUCAAGCGAAAGCUGGGAAAUCAGUUCAAUGUCCCCUAAAAUUGAUGAAGAUAGUUAUCUUUCUGGUAAUAGAUCACCAACUGAACCUCCACUGCUUCAAGAUAUUGACUCAGAACAGGCAGCCAGGAAAGAAAAAUAUGACCAAGAUGCCAACUCCAAAGGUAAAAGUCGAAUCCCCAGAAUGUGCAACAAAGGACAUGGCGAUAAAAAAAAUGAUAUCCCAACUGUCUCAGUUACUCAAGCCGUUCAGUACAGUGUUCGGAAAUAUCAUCUUGAAAGGCGGAUAUUUCAUCAAUUAUUAGAACUUAAACGUCUUCAAAUCAGAGCUGGUAGAGCUUCUGAAGGUGUUCUGGUGAAGAGGUUAGUUGAUGAUUAUCGACGAGCUGGUUUGAUGCUGGGACUUCAGCAGUAUAAUGGUGUUUAUACCUUCAGAGCUUUUGAAAAGUAUUUAUAUGAUCAGCUAAGACUACUUCAGUCUUCAGAAAGAAGAAUUAUACCUCGACUGAAAUCUUCAGAUGAUCUAGAAAAGCUGACUGCUGCACUAAGAAAAACUCGGGUUGGACAAGAUAUGCUCACUUCUAUUCCGAGUAAUCCUGCAUUGUGUACAUAUCAAACUCACAGAUGCCAUCAUGCAACACAUGCUUAUACUGGAAUUCCUUGUGCUGCUUAUAUAAAGAAAAAUCAUCACACUAUGCCAAAACCAGGAUCAUUUCUUCCAAAAUUAGUAAAUGAAGAAGGUCACAGCGAACUCGCCAAAACCCUGCGUUUUGUUGAUCCGUCUAGACCUCUGACUUUAGAACUCAGUCAUGGCUCAGAGAAGCAAGUCAUCACGUUACCCACAGAGAAAUUAGAUAAAAGUAAGAGGUAUUUCGUAACAUUUACCAUCAAAACUGGUAAUCAAAAAAAGCCAGAUGGGAGUCAUGCACACACCCAUGCAAGCAGUGUAUGAAAAAUUGUGGAACAUACAAAACAAAAUUUAUACAAAACAUACAGAAAAUACACAAAUGUUUGUUAAAUAGGUAUGUUAUGACUCAGGCUGUGUAUAUAUAUGUAUAUGUGUAUGUUUUUGAAAUAACUAAUGAUAUUUAUCUGUUGUUAAUGAAAUAUUUACUGUGAGUUGUUAUAAUUUAAAUGUUGAUAUAUGUAUUUAUUUCACCUUGUAUGAGCAUUAAUAAAUGCUUGAGAUUUAAUAUCCUUUUUUA